AUGGCAAAAGCCUCCUCAAUGACACGAAACAAUGUAGAGAAAAAAUUUUCGUACAUGAAAAUUUUGUUCUUGUCACGAAUGCACUGCAUUUUAAUGAGUGACUCCGGUUCCUCAAAACAUUCCGACUACGGCAAAAAUCUCCAACUUCGACUCUAUGAUAAAUACAUUAACACUAACAUCAACCAGCUCCUGACAAAGAUGAUGCAAAUAACAAUGCGAUCACGAGCUGUCAGACUUCUCACAAAUUGCACUGUGAACAUUUCUCAGCGCGAAAUUGCUCAACCAAAAAUGGCUAAUCAGAUGUAA